AUGGCAGAUAACCAUUCUCACUUCCAGCACCUUUAUUUUGUCUUAACUGGGAUUCCGGGUCUUGAGCAAAAGUAUUACUGGAUGGCAUUCCCACUGGGUGUGAUAUACGUGGUUGCCCUCUUUGGCAAUGGCAUCAUUAUCUCAACCAUCAAGUCAGAAUCAUCUCUGCAUAUCCCCAUGUACUACUUCCUGUGUAUGCUGGCGUUCGCAGACAUGGGACUAGCCCUGUGCACUUUGCCCUCUAUGCUGGGCAUAUUCUGGUUUAACUACAAGUUCAUCCCCUUUGAUGCCUGCCUUGUUCAAAUGUACUUCAUUCAUACCUUUUCAGCCAUUGAGUCUGGUGUGCUGGUGGCUAUGGCUAUUGAUAGGGUUGUGGCAAUCUGGAACCCCCUCAGGUAUGGCACCAUCCUAACUAACAGUGUGGUCUGCAAAACAGGGAUAGUUAUCUUGUCAAGGGCAGUUUGUGUGGUCUUUCCUGUGCCUUUCCUCAUCAAGCGGCUCCCUUUCUACCUCUCCAACAUCCUCUCCCAUUCUUUCUGCCUCCACCAAGAUGUCAUGCGCCUUGCCUGUGCCAGCACUCGGGUCAACAGUCUCUAUGGCCUCAUUGCUGUUGUUUUCACCAAGGGCUCUGAUUCCCUCUCCAUCCUUCUCUCUUAUGUGUUCAUACUCCGCACGGUGAUGGCUAUUGCCUCAGGGGAAGGUAGGUUGAAGGCACUGAACACUUGUGUUUCACACAUUUGUGCUGUACUCAUCUUUUAUGUGCCACUCAUUGGAGUGUCUGUCAUUCAUCGUUUUGGAAAACACUUGUCUCCACUGACUCACGCCCUCAUGGCCAAUGCCUACCUUCUGGUACCUCCUGUGUUGAACCCCAUAGUCUACACCAUCAAGACCAAGGAAAUUCGGAGGAAGAUCAUCCAGAUAUUUGUUCAAACCAAGGUUACAACAGAGGGGUAA